CGACUGAUUUACUACAUUGGCGACGAAGCGGACCGGCCCGGCGAGGCCGCCGUUAAAGAAGGCGGGAUGGCUGUCGGCAAGAUCGGCGAGUAUCGUCUUGGCACGGACGCGUCUUGGGAUGAGUACGUCGAGCGGUUGGAAAUGUUUUGCGACGCGAACAAGAUAACAACGGACGAGCAGAAAAGAGCAGUUCUGCUGAGUUGUUGCGGCGAAGCAGCGUACGGGCUCAUCGUAACCCUGGUGAAGCCAGUAAGACCGACCUUGGCAAGCUACGACGAAAUCAAGACGGCCGUUCGCAAGCACCUGCAUCCGAGGCCUUCUGAGCUGCACGCAAGGUUUUUGUUCUACAGGAGAAACCAGGCGGCUGAUGAAUCGGUGGCAGACUACGUCACGGCUCUGCGGAAGCUAACGGAAGACUGCGGUUUUGGUGACAAGCAACUACCGCUGGACGUCAUGAUGCGAGAUCGUUUCGUGUGCGGCAUCAUGAACGAAGCAGUCCAGCAGAGACUUCUCGCCGAGCCCAACCUUACGUUCCAGGUCGCGUACGACAUGGCCGUGACAGCUGAAGCUACAGCAAAGCAGCAGCGAGACAUACGCAACCAGGGACGAGACGAGACAAAAGACAGCCAGGGCCUAAUUCAAGCAACUCGCACGAAACAAGACAUCGCAGCGGAAGAGUCCAGUUGCUAUCGCUGCAACGGUAAGCACGCUCCGCAUUUAUGCAGUUUUAGAAAGGCGGCAUGUUUCAAGUGCAAGAAAAUCGGACACAUUGCGAAAGCCUGUCGUUCGAAAGACGAGGUUAGAAAGUUUCAAAGAAAAACUUCACACGAGCAGAAGAAAAAAGAGAGUAAAAGCAAGGGCGCCUACGAAAUGACCGAAUUAUUUUCCCUCUACGAGGUGAACGAGCAAGAAGAAAAAUUCAUGGUUGAAGUACAGAUUGAAGGGCAGAAUGUACCCAUGGAAAUUGAUUCUGGAGCAUCGUGCUCAAUUGUGAGUGAAGAAACGUUUCGCUCUAUCGAGGGAAAGCAAAGUAAAAUACCCCUUCGAGAGUCAAGCACAACGCUCGUAACCUGGUCAAAAGAGGCGUUGCCUGUAGUUGGUCGCGCAAGUGUUGUGGUGGAAUUCAAGGGUCGGACGGCAAAGCUGCCUUUGUUGGUAGUGAAGAGAAGCGGUAACAGUUUGCUUGGGCGGAACUGGUUUAGGCCGUUGGGCAUUGGGCUGCAUGGAAUUCAGCAACUGAAUGUUGAAGACGUCACUUCACGAUUUUCUGAGGUGUUUCGCAGUGACCUUCCUGGCUUCAAUGGACCACCAGUGCACAUCGAACUGAAAGACGACGCCAAACCAACGUUCCUCAAAAGUCGUACAGUUCCACUAGCACUGAAAGACGAUGUGGCCAAGGAAGUGGACCGCUUGGUGCAACAAGGAGUCUGGGAACCAGUCGAGUACUCCAACUGGGCAACUCCGCUCGUGGUGGGAUCCACCCGAGCCAAAGCAAGACUGACGCCAUCCAGCAAGCGCCAACGCCCACUAGCAAGAAGCAGCUGCAAGCCUUUUUAGGGCUACUGAACUUCUAUAGCAGUUUCCUCAAGGGCAGGACCGAAGCGGCGGAAUCUCUAUACCGGCUCCUAGACCACGACCACGAAUGGGAAUGGAAAGGUGAGCACCAACGAGCUUUCGAGAAGCUG